AUGUCUGGCCCAGCGACUCAGGCUCCAGCUAUGGAGGAGACGGAGUUCUCCCACCAGAUCGCCAUCGAGAUGUCACGUCUCAUGAACAUGGUAAACCCCAAUGACCUCCUGGGCAAGCGCGUAAUCGAUAUAGCCAGAGGCAAUCGUACCGGGGAAGACUUUGUCAAGGCGGUGUCGGCAUUCGGCAAAUUCCCUCGUGACGCUAUACUUUCCCUACAUACCCGGAUUGCCACGUAUCUUUCGAUGACUCACAGCUUAUCCAACGGAAAUAGGGGAGCAUCGGAACGCUCCCCAACUAGGGCUUCAGGCCGAAGGUCGGCAAGCGAGCAGGAGAUCGAAGGGAUGGAUCAUGAUGAUAGCGACAGACUGGCGCCUGAGCCGGUUCGACAGGGAGGGCUGCGAAGGGCAGGAGAUGCUCCUGUGACCUUCAAAGCGCCCCAAGCUGCUCGACCAUCAUUGCUGGGCCUUGACAGACUAGCUGCAGAAAAGCGGGCUGCUGCUGCAGGUGGGUCAGGCAAGAUGGAGCCUCCCAACAAGAAGGCUAGACGGCUGGAGGAGAAUGAUGAUGAGAAAGAUCAAGCAUCUGGUGGUGUUUUUAAAGUGCCCGUGGUGCCCGUACGUCGAGACCAUACUCGUAUCAAACCCGAAGAGACGCCCAGCCGUGGACCCGGCCUUUCUGACGAAGCUCGUGCUCGGGUUGAAGCUCGCAGAAGAGAACGCAAUCAACCUCAAACUGGAAUCACUGCCAGUUCUGCCGACAAAGAGCCUUCCAGGCAAGGGCUUGGCGAUUUCCAGAACAGACUGAACAGAGAGGGAUACGAGGACCGAAGGCGGGGAGGCCAUGGAGAUAGAAGAGAUGAUAGGGGAGGGUACGGGUACAGAGAAGACAGACGAGACGGCAGUGGAGGAUAUCGAGACGACAGGGGAGGGUUCAGGGAUGGUGAUAGACGGGAAGGCAAAUCGUGGAACGCUGCUCCCACCCCUCGAACGUCGCGAAAUGAUAGAGACUUUGGGGGUGGCAGUGCACGAAUCCCCAACAAAGGAUGGGAUGAGACUCCUCGGGGAUCCCGUGGGUUUGAGAGCCGGGGUAAUGGAUCAGGCGAGUCUAGGGGUUGGGAUCAGACGCCGAAGACCCCCAGAGGUGGAUCCCCAGAGGGAAACGGACUCGAGCUAGAUGCGAAAGAGUGGGAGGAAGAGCAAGUGAAGCUGGACAGAGAUUGGUAUAGCUACGACGACGAGGGAGCAGUGGCCGCGGACGAUGACCAUAAUCCCUUCUCUCAAUGGGAGAACCUCGAGAAGGCAAAAGAAGAGGAGCUUCAAGUGAAGGCUCAGAAACGUCAAACAGCUCGACAGGCCCAAUUCAACGCCGACAACGACCUGUGGGAGACCAACCGAAUGCAAACUUCAGGGGUACUUUCCAAGGGCGGGGUGGACGAAGAUUUCGAAGACGAUUCCGACUCCAAAGUCCAUGUUCUUGUGCAUGAUCUCAAACCACCCUUCUUGGACGGUACCGUGGCCUACACCAAACAGCUCGACCCUAUCAAUCCCGUCAAGGACGGCACGAGCGACAUGGCAGUCUUCUCGAAAAAGGGGAGUGCCUUGGUCAGAGAGCGAAGGGAAAGACAGGAGAGAGAGAAGGCUGCUGCCAAAGCUGCGUCCAUUGCAGGUACCACCUUGGGUAAUCUGAUGGGUGUGAAGGACGAACCGAACCUGGGGGAGGAGGGGCAGAAAGAUGGUAUUGAUGAAAAUUACAAAGCCGACUCACAAUUCUCUAGUCACCUUAAAAAGACGGAAGGCGUCUCCAACUUUGCCAAAUCACGGACGUUGAAAGAGCAGCGAGAAUAUCUCCCGGCCUUUGCUGUUCGCGAAGAGCUGAUGGGAAUGAUCAGAGACCACCAGGUCCUUGUCGUUAUUGGUGAAACAGGUUCCGGUAAAACAACACAGCUCGGCCAAUUCUUGUACGAAGAGGGCUAUUGCUCUACUGGAAUGAUUGGGUGCACGCAGCCCCGUCGUGUCGCUGCCAUGUCUGUUGCCAAGCGUGUCAGUGAAGAGAUGGAGUGUACAUUAGGUGACACUGUCGGUUAUGCCAUCCGUUUUGAGGACUGUACAUCGAAAGAUACCAAGAUCAAGUUCAUGACUGAUGGUGUCCUCCUCCGAGAAUCACUGAAUGAGGGUGAUCUCGAUAGAUAUAAUGUUAUCAUUUUGGAUGAAGCGCACGAGCGCUCUUUGAGUACAGAUAUUCUGAUGGGUCUUCUGAGAAAGAUAUUGACUCGCCGACGUGAUCUCAAACUCAUCGUGACUUCUGCCACCAUGAACGCCGACAAAUUCUCCAAGUUCUUCGGUAACGCCGCGACGUACACCAUCCCUGGUCGUACUUUCCCCGUGGAGAUCUACCACUCGAAAUCGCCUUGCGAAGACUAUGUCGAUAGUACUGUCAAGCAGGUGCUCCAAAUCCACUUGACAAAUCCUCAAGGUGAUAUUCUCGUGUUCAUGACGGGCCAAGAAGACAUUGAGUGCUGCUGUCAGGUUAUUGAAGAACGGCUAUCACAAUUGGACGAUCCCCUACCUUUGGCUGUCCUGCCUAUCUACUCUCAGAUGCCGGCUGAUCUACAAGCAAAGAUCUUCCAGCCAACUGCCGAUGGGCGCCGAAAAGUCGUGGUCGCCACCAAUAUCGCCGAAACAUCCCUGACGGUCGACGGUAUCCUCUAUGUAGUGGACUGUGGAUAUUCCAAGCUCAAGGUCUACAACCCCAAGGUCGGUAUGGACGCCCUUCAGAUCACUCCCAUCAGUCAGGCCAACUGUGGGCAGCGAGCUGGUCGAGCUGGUCGUACGGGUCCCGGCUUCUGCUAUCGACUAUUCACCGAAAACGCGUAUCUCAAUGAGCUCUUUGCAAGCAAUAUUCCAGAAAUUCAGAGGACAAACUUGGCCAAUACGGUAUUGUUGCUCAAAUCUUUGGGUGUCAAAAAUCUGCUCGAGUUUGAUUUUAUGGAUCCUCCUCCUCAAGAGAACAUCUUGAACUCAAUGUAUCAGCUCUGGGUCCUAGGAGCCCUUGACAAUGUCGGCAACCUUACUCCCAUCGGCCGGAAGAUGUCGGAUUUCCCUAUGGAGCCUUCACUCGCCAAAAUGCUCAUCGUAUCUGUGGAUUAUAAAUGCUCCUCAGAGAUGCUCACCAUAGUGUCCAUGCUGUCUGUGCCUUCCGUCUUCUAUAGACCGCCCCAGAGGGCAGACGAGAGUGACGCGGCGCGAGAAAAGUUCUUUGUGCCCGAAAGCGACCACUUAACUUUGUUGCAUGUGUACACUCAGUGGAAGAGCAACGGGUACAGCGACGCUUGGUGCAUGAAGCACUUCCUGCACCCCAAGAUCAUGCGCAAAGCUCGUGAGGUUCGAAGUCAGCUGGAGGAUAUCAUCAAACAGCAGCGAUUGGCGCUUUUGUCGGUCGGAACCGACUGGGAUAUCGUCAGAAAAUGUAUCACCGCCGGUUACUUCCACCAAGCAGCCAGGGUGAAGGGUAUCGGAGAGUACAUGAACGUCCGUACAGGACUACCAUGUGUUCUUCACCCCACUUCGGCACUGUAUGGUCUCGGCUAUAUGCCAGACUAUGUUGUCUACCAUGAACUGGUCUUGACAUCCAAACAGUACAUGAUGUGUGUGACAUCUGUGGACCCCUACUGGCUUGCCGAUCUCGGAAGUGUCUUCUUCUCUAUCCGAGAAAAGAAUUUCGACGCCUUGGCGCGGGCCCGAGCAAACAGAGACUUCAGCAAGAAGACAGAGAUGGAAGCAGAAAUGGCCAGGCAACGAGAAGAGAUUGAGCGGAACAAGGCCGACAAGAUACGGAAAGAGGCGGUCUCAAAAACACCAAGGAUCGGUGGGCUAGGACCCGCUGCGACGCCCAGAAGAGCAGGGAUCGGGGCUGGCGCUAGAGCCAACGCGACGCCCAGAAGGAGACCAGGAGGCAUCUGA